UUCGAAUGGCGAAUGCAUUUUCCUUUUCGCCACAUUUGCUUUUCGCAAUGGAACGAAAGAGCAGGAAAAAGGCAUUGUUCGACGAACGGAUGGAUGGAGGAAAGGAGGAGCGAUUAAAACUGGCAGUUUUCCUUUUGGCUUGCAUUUCCCUAUCCACAAUUAUCCUGUCAAACUUGUUUGCGCCGUCUCCCUCUGGCUCUACACCAAUUUUCCUUUCGCAUUAUGCUUUGACCAGAGCAUUCGCAUUAAAAGGACAACGCUCUCGUGCGGCGUGAGUGUGUGUGUGUGUCUGUGUUUGUGUGUGUGCGAGCGAGGAGCGGGCUCGUUCGACGCCUGCGUCGCCAUCGUCCUGGCAUCGAAUUGCCGUUCAGUCGACGCUUGCUGCUCAGACCGCUCAGACAUGUCGCGCCCGUCGUGAGUGCUUAUAGUUAGCUAGUACCUACGCAUAUACAUCUAUAUAUAUAUAAACCAACAUCAUCGAAGAGAGACAGCAGCAGCCACCAAGUCAAAGGACUGUAAAACGCAAAACAACGACGCCAUCAGAUGUUGCAGGAUAACAUCAAAUUAAACCAAUAAAGCACCCAAAACCAAAGCCAAAUCAUUCUAAAAGAAUCGCAAAGCCAAAAAAAUAGUGCUUCAAGUGUAUCGUAUCAAACAUCAAAUUGUGCAAAUCAGUUUCAGUUAGUUGAAAGGAGCAAAAGUUUCAUAUGCAAAUACACAAUAAAAUAAUGUGCAAUAAACUACAACUCAAUACAAACAAAAGCAACUCAGCAGCAGCAGCGAGAAAAACAACAACAACAAUAAGCAAGCGUUACUCAUAUAGUCAUACAAGUACUUUUGCCAUUUUGUUGGGAUUUACGCACGGAGCAGGCAUCGAAUAAACUAGAGAAGCUGAAAAAAAAAACCCAAUCGAAGCACAUCACAAAUCGUAGCAUCCGGACUCUAAGAGAAAGGUGUCUCGGAGAGGAGUAGAAAAGCCGACAGCUCAGAAUAGAACGAGAACAAAGCGUUGAGAAACAUGAAAAUGUCCGAAGUGCCCCGCAUUAUGGUCUUUCGACCCACCUGGGAGGAGUUCAAGGACUUUCCCAAGUACGUGGCCUACAUGGAGUCCCAGGGCGCUCACAAGGCCGGACUGGCCAAGGUGGUUCCUCCGCCGGAAUGGGUGCCCCGUCGCAGUGGCUACGCCGAUCUGGACGCUCUGAAUGUCACUAUUCCUGCCCCCAUUUGCCAGGUGGUAACCGGCAAACAGGGCUACUACCAACAGAUAAAUAUCCAGAAAAAGCCACUCACUGUCAAGCAGUUCAGCGAACUGGCCAGCACCGAACGCUAUGCCACACCCAAGCACUUUGACUUUGAGGAUCUGGAGCGCAAGUACUGGAAGAACAUCACAUAUGUGGCGCCCAUUUACGGGGCAGAUGUCAGCGGUAGCAUUACAGACACCGAUCAGGAUAGCUGGAACAUCAACCGGCUGGGCACCAUCCUAGACUUUGUGAACAAGGACUACAACAUCCAAAUAGAUGGCGUGAAUACGGCGUACUUGUACUUUGGCAUGUGGAAGACGACCUUCGCCUGGCACACAGAGGACAUGGACCUGUACUCGAUCAAUUACCUUCACUUUGGGGCGCCCAAGACGUGGUAUGUCGUACCGCCGGAGUGCGGACGCAAGCUGGAGAAGGUGGCCAAUCAGUACUUCCCGGCCAGCUACAAGAACUGCAACGCGUAUCUGCGCCACAAGAUGACGCUCAUCUCGCCGCAGAUCCUCAAGCAGCACGACGUGCCCGUCAGUAAGAUUACGCAGGAGGCUGGCGAGAUCAUGAUCACAUUUCCGUUCGGCUACCAUGCAGGCUUCAAUCACGGCUUCAAUUGCGCCGAGUCCACCAACUUUGCGAUGGAGCGCUGGAUCGAGUACGGCAAGCGGGCGGUGCAGUGCACCUGCAGCAACGACAUGGUCAAGAUCUCGAUGGACACGUUCGUCAAGCGCUUCCAGAGCGAUCGGUACGACCUGUGGAUGGAGGGUCGCGAUGUGGGGCGGCACCCGGAGGAUCCGGCGAAUGGGGUGCCAAGUGCUGCUCCACUGCCGCCACAUCUCGAUGUCUUGCUGUGUGAUAAAAAAAUGAAAAAGCAAUGCAACCCGACCAAGGCGAAGAGCUUUAAGGAACGCAAUCCCGAUCUGGAUCUGGAUGAAAUCCAGCAGAAUCCCAAUGUGCCCGACGACGUGAAGGCCAUGCUGAAGGAGAGUGUGCUGACGCUGGACACGGGCGAUCUGGGCGCCGAUGAGGGCGACUUUGCCAACGAGGACGCCAUGAGCCUGCAAAGUCCGGCGGACCUUAAGACCAAGCAGGAGCUGCUCGAGUACAUAGACGACGGCACAGAAGACGACGACGAGGAGGAGGACUUCAAGCGGCGCAAGCAGAAGCGGCGGUACGAUGCCGACUACGAUGACGACUGGCUGGCGUCCAAGAAAAAGACCCACUCGCGAAAUAGCAGCCGGGGGCGCAGUCCGCGCGCCAAGGACGACCGUUCCAUAUCGCCGGCAUCCUCGACCUCCUCCACGUCUCGUGGGGGAAGGCGUGGCAAGGCGAGCGGCACGCCCCGAAAGACUCCGACGAGGCGGAAAAAGGACUCCAGUGCCACCUCACCGGCGGCAGCAGCAACUGUCGCUGCCGCAGCAUCGCCCACAGCAACAACAUCACUAACCACAGCAGCUGAUGGCGGCGGAGAUGCCAAAAAGGAGCAGAAGUCGCUGCAAUUUAUGCAACAGUCGCGUAAAUUUGAGGGCAAGAUACCAAAACUAAGUCAAGGAGUAGCAACCGGAGCAUCCACAGAAGCAUCCACAUCCAAGUCUAGUCAAGAGCAGCAGCAACAGAUUGUCUACGUCAACAUGUUGCCCGCGGCCAAUACCCUGAAUGGCAUUCCACAGCAGCAGCAGCAACAGUAUGCGACUACGGACGGGAAUGUCUAUCAGCUGCAAAAUGAAAUACUCUGUGAUGCAAACGGACAUGCGGUAACGGCCGCCACGGCCUCAUAUCAAACUACGGCCAGUAGUCCACAGCAGCAGCAACAGCAACAGCAGCAGCAGCAGCAACGGAAUGUUGCAACCAGUGUUGCCGACAAUGUGGUCACAACUAUUAGUUCGUCCUCCAUCCUGCACACGAACGCCAACACCAACGGAGUGGACACGAUCGCCGCCCAGCAGCAACAGCAGCAGCAGCCACAGUCACAUUACCACUAUAUAACCACCACCGGCGAGGAUGGACAAACCCCGACCACCAUAGUGUUCGAGAACUACAACGGCGGCAUGCCGGCGGUCAGUUCGGCGGCUCCCACGCCCGUUCCCGUGCCGCAGGGCAGCACGGCGGCGAACACCACCACCACCACGGCCCUGGUCAACACGGACGGAACGAUCAUCGAGUUCGAUGGCAGCACCUAUGAGGAGUACCAUGUCCUCAAGAGCGAGCCCGGCAGCAGCGAUUGCCUGAGCAACGGCAGCAGCGCCGUGGCCGCCGACAUCAUCAAGUACGAGCCGCAGCACGGGAUCGCCGGCGACGAGGAGGACGACGAGGAGAACGGCCUGCUGCAGGUCAAGUACGAGGAGCAGAGCCUCGAGCACGAUGCCGAGCACGAUCUUGAUCCCGACCAAGAACACGAGUACGAGGAGUUCCAGGUGAUCAAGGCCGAGGUGGAGGCCGAGGCGGCGGAACAGGCAGCGGGCACCACCAGCUACACGAUCAGCCAGGAUCAGGCUGGAACGGGCGGCAACCAGGUGGUGUCCUCGAUGGUGCCCAAGUCGGGUUCGGCGGCGGCCGCCAAGCAGAAGCGCAAGCGCAAGACGCGCGUCAUCGCCGACGACGAGCAGGGCGAGUAUCUGGAGAAGAUGAGUGUGCGCGGCCUGGAUAUUGCCCGCUACGAGCACAUCAUCGACGGCGUGGCCUACUGCCUCGUGUGCGCCAAGAACGACAUCUUCAAGACGUUCAAGAACAAGUACAGCUUCCAGCGGCACGCCUACCUCUUCCACGAGGGCCAGAACCGCAAGAUCUUCGCCUGCCCCAUCUGCAACAAGGAGUUCUCGCGGCCGGACAAGAUGAAGAUGCACAAGAAGGACAAGCACGGCGAUGUGCCCAUGCCGCCGUCGGCCACCACGACGCCGCUGAAGGCCGACGGACCGCCGGCGAAGCGGGCGCGUAACGCUCGCACUCCGCGCGUCCGCAAGUCCAAGGGCGGCGGCGGUGGCGACGGCAGCACGCCGGCCAAGAAGCGGCUGGCCCAGAUCGACAGUGUGCUGGACGAUGUACAGAAUGGCGAGUCCCUGGGCAUGGCGCCGGUCAGCGUGAGUCACUCGCAGCAGCAGCAGCAACCGCAGCAAAUGCAGCACAGCCUGACCACCACUUUGGCUCCCUCGGCGCCCGCGCAGCCGCAACAUCAGCUGCAGACGUUGCCAUCGCUGGACUUCAGCGGCAUGAUCCUGCCAGGCGGUGCUCAGCUGGCCCUGGCCAAUCCGGGGGCCACCAGCUCCGUGGCUUUGCAGCGUGGAGCGGCCACGCCGAAUGGCGGCCAGGCGACGGCGCCCACCACCACGCUCAUCUACUCCAAUCAACUGGAGCUGCAGCAGGCGCUGUUGCAGCAGCAGCUGCACGGCCAGAGCAUCAUGAUCCAGGACCAGGCCGGCAACCUGGUGCCGCUGCAAUUGGACGGCACUCAGGCGAUAUACACGACGGCGCCGCAGGCUCAGCGCCAGCAGCCCACGGCGACCACAUAUCAGACGACGCAGCAACAGCAGCAGCAGCAGCAGCAGCAACAGCAGGCGCAACAGCCCGCUGGUCAGACGCAACAGCAGCAGCCGCAUUACGAGCUGGACAACGUGACCUAUCUGAGCUCCACGGCGGCGGCUACUCCAGCGGCGGCAGAGCAGCAGCAACAGCAGCAGCACGUGAUCGGCACGGUGCAGAGCUACCAGAUCCUCACGCCCGACGGCCUGCAGAACUUCCAGCCCAAGCUGGAGCCGGCCGAACUGGGCGACCUGUGUCCCUACUCGCAGUACACCUUCACCACGCACGCCGGCGCGCAGCCCACGUUGAAUGCCAACGCGCUGGACGCGCAGACGCAGCAUCAACAGCAACAGCACCACCAGCAGCAACAGCACCACCAGCAGCAACACCACCAGCAGACGCAACUCCUACAGCAGCAGCCCUUCGCCACGCACCACAAUCCGCACCAGCAGUUCAUGGAGCUGAAGAACGAGCUGCUGAUCAAGGGCGGCGACGCCUACGCCUUGGACGCCGCCUCCAUGUACCACCUGCCCUUCUCGCCCACCUCGAUGAUCAAUGCGGUGAACGAUGUGAACACCUCGUCGCUGCUGGAAACCAAAGAAAUUAGCAGCAGCAGCAACAGCGGUAGCACCAGUGGCAGCAGCAACAACGUGAGCAGUAGCAAUGGCCUCAAGCCGGCGGCCAAGAAGACGCCAGUCAUCCUGCUGGCCGCUCGUGGUGCCGCCAAGCAGCCGCAGCUCAAUAUUCUCAAUGGAAAUAGCAAGUCCGGAAACGGCGUCACUUUGGUGCGCCUCAAUGCGACUAAUCGGAAUCAGCGCCAAGUUAUCGUCGCCCCCGAAGCAGCUCCUGUGGAGCAGCAGCCCGAGGAGCUACUCGCCGAGGACGAGGAGGAACUCGACGAUGAACUGGACGAGGAUGCCGUGGCCCUGGGUGCGCUCUCCUCCUCGACUGCCCAGAUACUGCGAAAGUUUCGCAUACCCAAGGGCACGGCGGUGACGGCCAAGUCGGGUGACAACUACCUGGCCAUGCCCACGCCCACUCCCUCGCCGCCAGGUGUCGUCAACCUGGUUAGCUCCGGCGUCGAGGCUUCGGCUUCGGGUUAUAUUGAGAACGAAGACGACAUCAUUGAGGAGCUCAACGAGGACGAUCUGGUCGAGGAGAUUAUUGACGAGGAGCCCAGCCAGGAGCAGCCAGAGUUGCAGGAGGCGACGACCACGACGGACGGGCUCGACCUGAGCAGCAGCAACACGAACAACGCGGCAGCGGCGGCCACAACGGCAGCCACCAUGCUGCUGGCCGCCCCCCAACCGCCGCCGCCGCUGCAGCUGCAAACGGUGGCCUCCAAUGGUACUGUGACCUGCUUUAAUCUGCCGCCCAACACCAUCCUGCUGCAGUCGGCCGAUGGCAGCAUAAUUGCCGCCACCCAGGUGCCGCAUCCCAGCAAGGCGGGCCAGCAGCAGCUGAUAGCGCUGCCGGGCAACGUGGCCCUGGCCACCGAACCGGCGACCCAGGCGCAGCAGACUACGGCGGCGACACCACAGGCCACGCAGACCCUCAUCCUGACCGCCGACGGCACGGCCAUUCCCAUCCUGGCGGCCGCUCCCCAGCAGCAGCAGCAGCAACAGCAGCAGCAGCAACAACAGCAACAGGCUGCCGCUGCUGCUGCUGCUCAGUUGUUCGCCGCGUAGGGGCUAAUGGGUGGCCAAAUGGGUCGAUUUUUGAACAGCGCCACCAUAAUGCCGACCACUUACUUCUUUUAGAAAUUUAGACUUAGUUGCCCAUGAGACAAGGCUUUAAAUUAGCCUUGUACUGUCGGCAACACUAAAACGUUUCCCUAAGGUUUUAGAAUACUUCAAAAAUCGUCACAUUUGGCCACCAACGAAAGGGGAAAUUGGAAACAAAGCUGUAUAAAAAAAUGAAUAAUAACUCAAACAUAAGCCAA